GGGCAGAGGCAGCCAGAUGCUCCGAGUCCCCGAGCCGCGGCCCGGGGAGGCGGGGGCGGCCGGCCGGAGCCCAGCGGCCGCGCCGCCGCCUCCGUCCAAGCCGCUCACCUCCUUCCUCAUUCAGGACAUCCUGCGGGACGGCGCGGGGCGGCGCAGCGGCCACGCAGCCAGCCUGCAGCCCUCGAGCCAGCCCGACCCGAGGCGAGACCCGGAGCCCCAGCCCGAGCCGGAGCAAGGAGGAGGAGGGGGAUCAAGAGGAGGAUCAGAAGGAGGAGGAGGAGGAGGAGGAGGCCGCUGCGGGGCGCCCGACAAUGAGCUGGCCGAGGCGCCCGCGAGGACAGAGCAAGCCACCCCCUUGGAGACUUACGUGCUGGACUGUGAACACACUUCAGAGGCCCUCCCCAGCUUCCCUUCCACUGCCAAGCAGCCCCAGAAGCGCUCCCGAGCCGCCUUCUCCCACACGCAGGUCAUUGAGUUAGAGAGGAAGUUCAGCCACCAGAAGUACCUGUCAGCGCCCGAGAGGGCUCAUCUGGCCAAGAACCUCAAACUCACCGAGACGCAAGUGAAAAUCUGGUUCCAGAACAGACGCUAUAAGACCAAGCGGAAGCAGCUGGCCACAGACCUGGGAGACCUGGAGAAGCACGCCCCGCUGCCUGUUCUGAAGGAGGAUGGCUUCUCACACGCCUCCGUCCUCACCACCUACAGCCGCUACCCUUACUACCCCUACCUGUACUACCUGGGGAGCUGGAGCCCAGCUCUUUGGUAGUGCUUGAUGAUAGACGACGCGUGGCAUCACAACUGCCUUCCCCAGCUUCUGUCUCUGACAGGCCGAAGGGGUCAUGGUCAGGGAAGAUGGGCAGCCUUAGGCAUGGAGACCAAAACUUGAGGUUUGUGCAGGGCUGGAGAGAUAGUACCAGGGCUAAGGUGUUUGCCUUGCAGCUGACCCAUAUUUGAUCCCCAGCAUCCCAUAGGGUUGCCCAAGCACUGCCAGGAGUGAUUCCUGAGUGCAGAGUCAGGAGUAACCACUGAGCAUUUCCAGGUGUGGCCCCCCAAACAAAACAAAAGAGAACUUGAGGUUUGCAGAGAGAGCUUGGAGUUUCGCCUGUGGCCCACCAACCAAUCUGUUUGGUGAUGAGGUGAUCCCUGAAUGGUUCCCCCAAAGAGACAGGGCUGGUCAUUUUGGCCUUGGGGACCUGCUUAAUGUGCAAAGGGAUAAAGUCAAGAGCUGUUGCCAGCACUUUGUGUGAUUUUGUGUGCGCUGUCCAUGUCACUUCCGAAGGUCCCCGCAAUCCAUCCUCCUGUGUAACUUUAGUCAGGGAGUCAGGAAGAGCAAACCAGAAGGGGUUUACAGACAGCCAAGAGGAGGAGAUCAUCUAUGGAAUUCAACCUAAGCCUCUUGGUGCCUGGAAAUGCGACUAAUGUUUCUCCCUGACCCUAGGAGAAAGAGGGGCAUUGGGGUAUUACAGAGAAACCCAUUGUGCGUAGCACUAAUAGAAGAGUAGAAAGAGAUGAAAAAGAAGCUUCCUGUUACAUUUUAAAUGAGCGCAAGUGUAAGUAUUUACAGGGUGGCCCAAGAUGCUCUCACUGUGAUUUUAAGACAAGCUGAAUAAACAGACAUUCACCAAAGGGGUGGGCCCCUGCCACGGGGCUUUCCCCAUGUCUAAGACAGGAGCUUUUAGAGACGUGGCGGCGGGAGAGAAGCGCUGUAUUUUUCAUUAGCCAUUUCUCAUUUUUCAUUAGAAUGUCUUCAGGGCCAUUUGCACCAUUGCCCCCGACCCCUCCACCCCAGGUCAGAGAAUGUAGAAUUCGAGAAUAGAGUUUUGCACUCUAUAAUGCCGCGUUAUGGCUGUUGGCAUAAUUUUUACUUCAAGUUCCCUUCUUUUUUAAAAUGUGUGUUCCUUUUCUCCAGCAACCCCCCCCCAACUUACCCCCCCAUGCCCAGAGGGCUUCUUUUUCAGUCUAGACUUUUAGGCUGGCCGCACCUAAUAUGCCUUCCUUAUUUAGCCCGAGAUCUGGUCUAUUUUUUCCCCCAAAGAUUUAUCUCUAGCAGUUAAAAAACAAAUGUGUAUGUUGGGGGUGUAGGGGUGGAAGCGGAGAGGAGGGCGGUGUGGCAGCUUUUGAGCUGGCCAAAAGACAGGCAUUAAAACAACAAAUUCCUAAUUCUUCCCUUUAAAAAUAUACAGCAUUCAGUUCCAAAUCCUGGUUCGAAAUGUGACCGCUCUGAAAGGCCGCUGCUGCCUCUUAGGCUUGUUCGCUCUCCCGAUCGGCUCUGAAGCCCCCCCACCCCCCUUUGAUCCCUGCAGGAGGCAUCUGGUGGGCACACAUGAGCCUACCCCACAGGGAGAUAGUCUGAUCAUGUGACACCAGGGGUGCCUGUCCAGUGUUGGAGGGUUGGCCUCAGAGCCUAGUUCCCUGACAAGGCUAAGGGGCUGCCAGCACUUUACAGGAAGCACCUCUGAGAGUGGAAACUGUUCUCAAACUAAAUGCUUAUGGAUUCCAUCAGCAAACAAAUAUUGCUCAAAUACUUGGGGAGCUAUGUUCAAUGUCUAUAAAACUGGGCCCCCAGAACAAGGCCCCUAAUGACCUUAGAGAGAAUUAGCCAGACCUCUGGGUGACCUGCUAGGGCUGAGAGCUCAGAAUAAAACUCACACAAAAUCAAGUUCUUAAUGAAGUACCCUGAGGACUGGAAACCUCUUAGGAAACUUUUCCAUGUCUACCUAGUAAAAGGGUCAAUUUAUUGCCAGUGACAAAACUCAUUUCGCCUCAUAUUCUCUCGUUUGGACUCCACGUGGAAGUGGUAAAUGCCACUUGUGGAUUCAACCACGGGAGGCAGAGGACGCUAACUGGCUUUCUCCCCCUCACAUGUCUUUCAAGAUAAACAUUUUGUGUCUUCCUUCUUGCUGCCCUUCUCUGCACACUCUGUGAAUUUAAUUCUUCCAAUUUGCAAUUCUGCAAGUAAGAAAUAUUUUACUGGUAUGGAUAUUGUGUUGCAAAAACAAAAUCUUUGGUAAAAAUCAUUUGGUUUUAGAAACCAUCUUGCUCCCCCUCCAUCCCCCACUGGAAGGAGUCACUCACCCAUAUCUGAACUGUAGGACAAUAUCUGAAGAAGUGUAUUGUACCUCACGGAUGGGAGGUGCCCAGGAUUACUUCCUCUAGAUAGCUGUUUUGAUCCUAUUUUGAUCAAUUAAUCUGGGUUCUCUGUGUGCACCAUAAUUGGCUCUGCUCUGCAUAAAAGCCCAUGACUUGAAGUUUUAGUAAAAGCACCCCAGCCAAACUUUAUUUUUCUAUGUAUUUUUUGCAACAUCUGAGUGUUUUUAA